UUCACCAGAUACUCAAAAUUACCUUUAUACCCUCCAAAAAGUCAAAAUUAGAGUGAAAAUAGCAACAACAAUUAUCACGCUUCAAAAACACUCAUUCCCUCCCUUUACUAUCAACCGUUGAUCUCACUGAAAUCAACGGUUCAUGAUCAUCCUCCCAAUAUACAGGAUCUUGAUUUCCCCCCUCUUUCCCAGACUUUGUCAUUUCUUCUGUUUACUCAAGACCCAAAUUUAGCUUAUCAAGAAUCUUGAAUUUUAAUUCAAAGUUUUCAACUUUAUUGCGAAUCACACAGUUUUUAGCUACUGGGUUACUGGGUAAUCAGCAAGGGCAUGUUUGGGUUAUUUUGUCCGAAAUGCCAGUUUUUACAAGAUCUCAGAUAACCGAUACACAUAUACAGAAUGAUCAAAGAAUUAGGCCAAGAACAGAUCAAGAAGACACCCAAAUGGCUAAAAAUUUGAGAAAUCCACAUCAUGGUUUGAAAGAGAAGAUGAAAGCACUAACCCUUUUGUAUGAACAGCAAAAACAAGGCUCUAUGGGUUUCAAGAAUCAAUCUUUUUCCAAGCCUGAUGAAUCAAGAUUUUCGAGUCACCCGAGUAUAGAACUUUUGAGUUCAGGGAGGAGAGUUGAGAAAGAGCAGAAACAAGCGAAGCCGGUUAGUCAUGUGAUGAGGGAGAAUACUAUGCAUAGUUCAACUGUAACAAGAACUUAUGUGCAGCCGCCACCGGUUCCUUCAGGGGUGGAGGAUGGGAAGGAAAAUGUCGUGGUGGGGGCGGGAGGGGAGAGAAUAGUAGGAUUUUCGUAUCCUAAAAGGGUGAAUUCGUCGAGUACUGUGGCAAGAAAGCUUUCAAUGGGAGGCUCAACAAUGUCGCAUAUGGAGCCUCGGGUGACUAGAAGGGUAGUGAAAGAAAAUGUACAAGAGUUAGAUACCAUUUCGGAGAAAGCAGCCAGUAAGGGGGGGAGUGGUGAUGAUGGUGGUAGUAGAAUUCUUGUUUUUGUAAGGCUAAGGCCAAUUUCAAGAAAGGAGAGAGAAGCUGGAGCCAGGUGUUGUGUGAAAAUAGUGGAUGGCAGAGAUGUUUAUUUGACUGAAUUCGCCACUGAGAAUGACUACCUUCGGCUAAAGAGGCUCAGGGGGCGCCAUUUCACUUUUGAUGCUUCCUUUCCUGAUACUGCUACUCAGCUUGAUGUUUAUUCCACAACAACAGCAGAGCUUGUGGAAGCAGUUCUGCAGGGAAGAAAUGGUUCUGUGUUUUGCUACGGUGCCACAGGUGCUGGAAAGACAUACACAAUGCUUGGUACAAUUGAGAAUCCUGGGGUAAUGGUUUUAGCUAUCAAGGAUCUCUUUAGCAAGAUACGGCAAAGGAGCUUUGAUGGGAAUCAUGUCGUUCAUCUUUCAUACCUAGAGGUCUACAAUGAAACUGUGAGAGAUUUGCUGUCCCCUGGAAGGCCUUUAGUCCUAAGAGAAGAUAAACAGGGGAUAGUGGCAGCAGGGCUUACUCAGUAUAGAGCAUACUCCACAGAUGAAGUAAUGGCAUUGCUCCAACAAGGAAACCUAAACCGAACCACAGAACCCACCCGCUGCAAUGAAACGUCCUCACGCUCUCAUGCUAUUCUUCAGGUUGUGAUUGAAUACCGUGUCAAAGAUAGUUCGAACAACAUUUUAAAUCGAGUUGGAAAGCUUUCACUCAUUGACCUUGCUGGUUCAGAAAGAGCUCUAGCUACUGAUCAGAGAACCCUGAGAUCACUUGAAGGUGCUAACAUAAAUAAGUCACUUCUCGCACUGAGUAGCUGCAUAAAUGCUCUCGUUGAGGGCAAAAAGCACAUCCCUUAUCGCAAUUCUAAACUCACUCAACUACUCAAGGAUUCACUGGGUGGUGCUUGUAACACCGUGAUGAUUGCCAAUAUUAGCCCAAGUAAUCUAUCAUUUGGUGAAACUCAAAACACACUACACUGGGCUGACCGAGCAAAAGAGAUCCGAACAAAGGCUUAUGAUGCACACGAGGAAAUGCAAAUCCCUGAUUCUGAAACAGAUCAGGCCAAGUUAGUGCUUGAGCUGCAAAAAGAGAACCGUGACUUGAGAGUGCGUUUGGCUCAGCAGCAGCAAAAACUGAUUACAAUCCAGAAGGAAAAUUUGGCUGCAAAUGCUUCCCCUGCCCCAUCAACAGUUUCCUCUAUCUUAUCACCAGCACCGUCUUCUGCUCAGCCAAAUGAAAAACGAAAAGCAAGACCCUCUUUCUUGGCUGGAAAUUGUUUUACACCAGAAUCCAAGAGAAAGGGUGCAGAUGACUCAGUUAGAGAUCUAAAAAAGCUGGUUAAGGGAUUGGAGGCAGAAAUUGAAAGAUUGAAGAAGGAUCAUGAAUUGCAGAUGAAGCAGAAAGAUGAUACAAUCCGUGAGUUGUCACGAAAGAGUUCAAAACCAGCAGGAGGGACACAAGUGGGUGGUGUAAAAAGGAUUGUUACAAGGACAAGCUUGCGGCCAAGGGAAGUACAUGAUGUUGAUUUGAAGAGUCCAAGUCAUCGUUUUCAUUCUCCAGCUCCCACGGCCAAAAAGCGCAGCUUCUGGGAUAUAACAACAGCUAACAGUCCAUCAGUUGUCACUUUAAAUGGACGAAAGACCAGAAGCCAUGUUAGUACUGAAACAGCAGCAGGUCCAUCCAUGCUUCUCCAGCUUGCAUAUCCAUGUUUCUGGUUUGUGUUCAUGUUUGGGCCGCAUAUAUACAAUCACACCACUCAGCCAGGAUUUGCUCGCCAGAAUGUAAAGCAGUAAGGAAGGUAGAUCACUUGACAAUUCCAAUGUAGCUGGCGGAGGCUCACAGUUAAGCUUAUCGUCUGUCACCCUGGAGCAAGGCCAUGGAGGAGCACUCAAUCACUAGUAUUAGACAACAGACUAACUGUCUUACAGUGAUUAAAUCUCUAAUUGUUGUUUAGACAACAGACUAACUGUCUUAGAGUGAUUAAAUCUCUAAUUGUUGUUUAU